AUGGCGAGCCAGCAGGCAGCUGCCUCGCCGCAGCCCACGAUCCAACCUUGCCGCUACAAGGUCGGAAAGACGCUCGGCGCAGGAUCAUACUCGACCGUCAAGGAGUGCGUACACAUUGACACGGGCCGGUACUAUGCGGCCAAGGUCAUCAACAAGCGCCUCAUGGCCGGGCGAGAGCACAUGGUGCGAAACGAGAUUGCGGUGCUGAAAAAGGUGUCCAUGGGCCACCAGAACAUCCUGACGCUGGUCGACUACUUCGAGACGAUGAACAACCUGUACCUGGUGACCGACUUGGCGCUGGGCGGCGAGCUGUUUGACCGCAUCUGCCGCAAAGGGUCCUACUUUGAGUCGGACGCGGCCGACCUCAUCCGGGCCACGCUGUCGGCCGUGGCGUACCUGCACGACCACGGCAUCGUGCACCGCGACCUCAAGCCCGAGAACCUGCUGUUCCGGACACCCGAAGACAAUGCAGACCUGCUCAUCGCCGACUUUGGCUUGUCGCGCAUCAUGGACGAGAGCCAGUUCCACGUUCUGACAACGACGUGCGGCACACCCGGCUACAUGGCGCCGGAAAUCUUCAAAAAGACGGGCCACGGCAAGCCUGUCGACCUGUGGGCGCUCGGCGUCAUCACCUACUUCCUUCUCUGCGGCUACACCCCCUUUGACCGCGACACCGACUUUGAGGAGAUGCAGGCCAUCCUCAAGGCCGACUACGCCUUUGCGCCCGUCGAGUACUGGCGCGGCGUGUCCUCGCACGCCAAGGACUUUGUCAGCCGCUGCCUCACCAUUGACCCCGCGCGGCGCAUCACCGCCCACGAGGCCCUCCAGCACCCCUUUGCCGCCAGCGACGCGCCGCCCGGCGACGGCGCCGGCGAGAACCUCUUGCCCACCAUCAAGAAGAACUUCAACGCCCGCCGCACCCUGCACGCCGCCAUCGACACCGUCCGCGCCAUCAACAAGCUGCGCGAGGCCCAGAACCUCAUGAUGGACGGCGCCCGCUCCAAGGAGCCCGCCCGCGACAACACCCCCGCCGCCGCCGCGCAGCCCCCGUCGGCACAAAAGGAGGACAGCGGCAACGCCAUGGGCCCUCCACCCCCCGCCCAGCAGACCCCCGCGCUGCCCCCCCGCGAGACCAAGGAUAGCGGCUACUCGACGCAGCCCGAGGGCGGCGAAGCGUCCCCGCCCGCCAAGGUCGGUCCCGGCCAAGGCGACGUCGCCAUGGGCGGGACGACGCCCGGCAGUGGCAGCAGCAUCCCCGCGGUGCUGCAGCCGGGGAACAUUGCCAACAAGGUGAUUCAGACAAGCAAGGGCCUCUGGGGCGGGUCGCCGGUGCGAGAUUGA